AUGGCUCCAUCGCCNCUCGUACGCUGGGGCUCCCUCAUCUCGGCCAUUGUCGCCGUCGUUCUGGCUUAUUCGUACCAGCAGCAGCACCCGUUUCUUUUCUCCGACGUCGGCCAUGCCCUCUCCGUGUACUGCUACAGCAGCGUCAGGACACAUGACGGACAGCAGCCAUCGGCGGACUGCUUCUCGGUCCAGGACGGGGCCUUUGCCGGCGUCUGGGCCCGGGACAGCGACCAGGCGCCGCUUGGAGUGAAAGAGGCCCAUGUCACCGUCUCGGACGGGCAUGUCAUCCCGGGGCUGUGGGACGGCCAUGGCCAUCUGCUGCAGUACGGCGAGUUUCUUCACUCGGUGGAUCUCUUUGGGUCGCAGUCGCUGGACGAGGUGAGGCAUCGGAUCAAGGCGUAUCUUGCUGCAAACCCGGAGGCGGGCACCGAGAAACAUUGGCUUCGGGGCGUGGGAUGGGACCAAUCUGCGUUUGGGAGAAUGCCUACAGCUGACGACAUUGAGCAAGACGAUCAGCUCAAGGGCAUCUUCAUGAUGCUCGACAGAAUCGACGUCCACUGCGCCUGGGUCUCCCAGUCAGUCCUCAACCUCCUCCCAGACGAAAUCCCCAACGUCCCCGGAGGUGAGAUCAUCCGCGAUCCCGGCCCCGGCGUCUUCUGUGACAACGCCAUGGACAUGAUCAUGGAUCUGUGGCCCAAGCCCGGCGCUCAGCAAAAAACCCAGGCCGUCCUCUCCGCCAUGAGAGAGCUCAACAAGGUCGGCUUGGUGGGCAUGCACGACGCCGGCGUGACUGCAGAAAACGCCAGGCUGUACUCGGAACUGGCCUCUUCGUCUCCGGACUGGACGGUUCGGGUCUACGGCAUGUUGGAGUGUGCAAAGAGAAACACCUUUUGCCCCGAGGACGCCCCCGUGAUGUCUCACCAAGACGCCAAAUUCACACUGAGGAGCGUCAAACUGUUUGCCGACGGAGCCCUAGGAAGCUGGGGAAGCGCCAUGCUCGAGCCCUACACCGACCACCCCUGGACCUCCGGCUCCCUCCUCAUCAACGCCUCCGCCCUCACCCAAGUCACAAAGUCCUGGGCCAGCAAAGGCUUCCAAGUCAACAUCCACGCCAUCGGCGAUCUCGCCAACCGCAACGCCAUCGACGCCUUCCAAGCGGCCCUCGAGCAGCAAUGCGGACGAGACGGGGACCACCACCACCUCGCCGAGUGCCAGUCCAGACACCGCUUCCGCAUCGAGCACUCCCAGAUCAUCCAUCCCGACGACCAGAAACGCAUCCACGCAAUGGGCAUCAUCCCCUCCAUCCAGCCCACGCACGCAACCUCCGACAUGAAGUACGCCGAGCAGAGACUCGGUCCUGAGCGCACCCGCAGCGAGGCCUAUCGCAUGAAAUCUCUCCUCGACACCAACCCUGUCCUUGGCAGUGAUUUCCCCGUCGAGCCGCCCAACCCGUUCCAAGGAAUCUACGCAGCCGUGACGAGGAAAAGUCCACACACUGGACUCGGACCAGACCCGGAAACCCCUUCUAAGGGAUGGCACACAGAAGAGGCUCUCAGCUUGGAUGAAGCUCUUCUGGGGUUCACGCGAAAUGUUGCCUACGGAGCCUUCUUGGAGCAUAGCGCAGGCAUCAUCAGGAGAGGCUCGUUUGCGGACUGGGUUGUGCUUGAUGAGCCGCUGGAAGACAUGAACGUCGAGAAGAUUAGGACCCUCAAAGUAAGGGAGACCUGGGUGGGGGGCAGAAGGGUGUAUUCACGGGAUGAAGAAGCUUAA